UGUCAUGAUCCAACAUUUUAGGAAUUAGAACUGGUGGAGGAUGUAUGGAGAGGGGAAGCACAAGAUCUUCUUACCCAAAUUGCUCAGCUUCAGGAAGAGAACAAACAGCUGAUGACAAACCUGUCGCACAAAGACAUCAAUUUCACAGAGGAGGAAUUUCAGAAACAUGAAGGAAUGUCAGAGAGGGAGAGGCAAGUAAUGAAGAAGCUAAAGGAAGUGGUAGAUAAACAAAGGGAUGAGAUCAGAGCCAAGGACCGGGAACUGGGACUGAAAAAUGAGGAUGUGGAGGCUCUGCAACAACAGCAGAACAGGCUAAUGAAAAUUAAUCAUGACCUUCGGCACAGAAUCACAGUAGUGGAGGCUCAAGGGAAAGCGCUAAUUGAGCAGAAGGUGGAAUUGCAAGCAUGUCUGCAAACCAAGGAACAGGAGAUAGGCACUUUGAGGGCAGAGCUUGGGAAGCUAAGAGAGAAGCUACAGAAAGAGCACAGCCAAAAUGGAGAAGAAAUAAAGACAGAACCCAGCAAUGAUGACUAUCUCUCUGAAUCUGAGAAAAUGGCUAUGGAUUUAAAAGAUCCCAACCGUCCAAGAUUUACUCUGCAAGAGCUACGGGAUGUCUUGCAUGAGCGGAAUGAACUAAAGUCGAAAGUAUUUUUGCUGCAGGAGGAGCUUUUAUAUUAUAAGAGGUAUGUUGGUGCCCACUGUUGGAAUUGCUACCUGUGCCUUUUCCAUUGUGCUACAGUUGGGGAGGUACAGAAUAGAUAUAGAAUAAAGAGAAACCAGUGGCUGGAUGUAAAAACAUCAGCUGAUUCUUGGCUUCCGUAAGACAAAGUAGAUAUG